GCGAGUCUUCUGGUCCUGGACGCCCCGGGGCCGCUUUUGCACUCGUCCCGGGCCUCCUCACCUCCGUCCUUCUCUACGGAGCCCGCGGCUCUGUGUGACCGUCGGUGUCACUCUCAGUCUAAGAGCGACGGUGCCCAUGGAAGGAAGCGGUAACUUCAAGACACCAAGCAAGUUAUCUGAGAAAAGGAAACCUGUAUCAUGUUUAACUCCAAGUGUAAACAUCCCUGCCUCUCCAUUUAUGAAGAAGCUUGGCUUCGGGACUGGGGUGAAUGUUUACCUAAUGAAAAGAUCUCCAAGAGGCCUGUCUCAUUCUCCCUGGGCUGUAAAAAAGAUAAAUCCUAUUUGCAAUGAUCAUUAUCGAACUAUUUACCAGAAGAGACUAACCGAUGAAGCAAAGAUUUUAAAAAGUCUUCACCAUCCAAACAUCAUAGGCUACCGUGCUUUUACUGAAGCCAGUGAUGGUAGCCUCUGCCUUGCUAUGGAGUAUGGAGGAGAAAAGUCUCUAAAUGACUUGAUAGAAGAGCGCAAUAAAGAAAGCCAUGCUCCUUUUCCAGCGGCUAUCAUUUUAAAAGUUGCCUUGAACAUGGCGAGAGGAUUGAAGUAUCUGCACCAGGAAAAGAAACUGCUUCAUGGAGAUAUAAAGUCUUCUAACGUUGUAAUUAAAGGUGAUUUUGAAACAGUUAAAAUCUGUGAUGUAGGAGUCUCUCUACCACUGGAUGAAAAUAUGACUGUGACUGAUCCUGAUGCCUGUUAUAUUGGUACUGAACCAUGGAAACCAAAGGAAGCUUUGGAAGAAAAUGGCAUUAUUACCGACAAGGCAGACAUAUUUGCCUUUGGCCUAACGCUUUGGGAAAUGAUGACCUUAUCUAUCCCACAUAUUAAUCUCUCAGAUGAUGAUGAUGACGAAGACAAAACUUUUGAUGAGAGUGACUUUGAUGAUGAAGCAUACUACGCCGCGUUGGGAACCAGACCGCCUAUUAACAUUGAAGAGCUGGAUGAAUCCUACCAGAAAGUAAUUGAACUCUUCUCGGUGUGCACCAAUGAAGAAGCUGCAGACCGUCCUUCUGCUGCUCAGAUUGUGGAGGCUUUGGAGCUGGAUGAGUGACCAUGUUCACGCUCCUCUCGGCCUGAAGCAUGGCCUGUGUAUAUAACCGUUCUCUUCGCUCGCAUGUUUAGUUGCCAUGGUCCAUGGUCAUUGUACUCCAGACAUGGCCUAUCUUAGGGCCAUAUCCUUAGCAUACGCACUUAGCCUACUGGGUUUUCAGUGAAUUACUUAGGUAUUUUUCAUACAGACUUAACACUGAUUGAACUCCUAUAAACUGGGUCUAACAUUAAUAUGAAUUGAGCAACGGUUACAUUUAUUAAGCAUCUUUCUCAGAUUGUCUCCAUUUUACCGGAUGGGCCUAUAAAAUUAGCAGUUUAGCUGGUACAAAGUAAGUGUACAUAUUUCAGAACUUCAAACCCCUAGCUGGCUUUCCUUGGCUGGUGUGCUGGUUAAUGGUCCCCGGGACCCAAGAUUACUCCCAGUGGCACUGUGGGUAUUCCCAGACUCUCCUGAUAGCUGGUGGCGCUUCUGUGUUUAAUUUAUUAAAUUUGUUGUCUGUACUGA